AUGUCACCGACGAAGAAGAUCAAGGUUGCCGCUGUUCAGGCUGAGCCUGCCUGGAAUGACUUGCAGGGAGGUGUUGUGAAAGUAAUUAGCUUGAUUAAGGAGGCUAGUAGCAAUGGGGCCAACGUCGUCGGGUUUCCUGAGGCUUUCAUUCCGGGAUAUCCAUGGACAAUCUGGGCAAAUGCCGCCCUCAGCAAUGCUGGGUUCAUGAAUGAGUAUUUCCACAACUCGUUGGAGAAAGACUCCGAGGAGAUGGAACAGAUCAAGGCCGCAGUUCGUGAAGCUGGAGUUUUCAUUGUUCUGGGCUAUAGCGAAAGGUUCAAGGGCACGCUUUAUAUUUCUCAAUCAUUUAUUGAUGAGACCGGAACAAUCGUUCAUCAUCGCCGCAAGAUCAAGCCAACUCAUUAG